GGUUACACAUGGGCUUUGAAAAUGUAACCGUCAGUCCCCCGCUCUGAGCUGACAAUCACUCACCUCAAUUACAAUAUCCAGUAACGCCAUCUCGAAGACUUUCGUCGAAUAAAUCUAUUCAAUUCAUCUCAUCCGGUACAUCGUUCUACUCCAAGGCCAGAUCGCUUUGUUUUCUUUUUUCUUCUCUUUUCUUUUUCUUUCUUUUCUAGAAGAAAACGAAAAACAGAGGGAAAAAAAAAUCAUGCCUGCUGAAAAUGAAACAGCCGUGGAAUCGCCAGAUGGGCUCAAAAAUGAUAGCCAAUCUCACGACGAACAGGAGCUACUUAGAUUGGCCGAGACAGGGGAUGCGGACAAGAUAGACUCGCUACUAGAAGGAAAAGAGCUAAACCUCGACGCUGAAGACAGCAAAGGCAUGACUGCACUAGCAAUUGCAGUUAAGAACGAGAGAGUAGAAGCAGUAAGCAAGUUGCUAAAGUACAGGCCAGGACUUUAUAUCCCAGACAAGAAUGGAAUGACUGCGUUUCACUGGGCAGCGAAAAACGGCGACUCCAACAUGAUGGGAACGCUUUUACAAGAGAACCAUAAAAUUACGACAAGCGAAACUACUACAGGAAGCAAAUCGACCGACGGAGGAGAACCGAGUUCAGAUGCGGGAAACGAGGCAGGCGGAAGCAACACUGGGGAUCCGACGGCUGAAGAUACACACGAUGUUAAAAAGAAAAGGACUCAGGUGGGGUUGAAUAUCGACUUGUUAGAUUUAGAGCACAAGACGCCCCUUUAUCUGGCUUCUGAGAGCGGAAGCGUUGAAACGGUACGGAAGCUACUAGAACAUGGUGCAGACGAACGUCUUCAAGAUACGGGUAUGAGGACACCGAUCGAUAUAGCCGCCCUCGCCGGCAAACAAGACGUUAUAGGAGAGCUAUCGGCCGAAAAGUGGAAUACAGGUGGACUGGGAGUGAUGCCAGCCUAUUGCCUCUUUCCAAAUUUUGUCACUCUGCAUAAGGAACUCAAUUUUCCCACUCUGCAUGAGGGAACCCUAGAUCUCGGGGCGCUCGUAGCGGGCCCAAAAAGCAUGAACCCUCUCCCCAAACAGAUAAAUAACCCCCUGUUCAAUAAGGAUCAUAUCUACGGCAGAAAGUUGUCCGGGUUUAAAGUGUCGCUGACCGAGGCCAAGACGGGGCGAUACGGCCCGUGGGCAAAAGCUAUGGCGAAGAGACUUGCACCUAAACUUAACCAGACAGGAUACAACACCAUCAAAGUUGACAACAUAGAGACGAAGUUCUUUUACCCUUCCCAAGAAUACAGAGACGAAUGCAUGAAAAUGGCUCGAAAAGAAAACCCAGACUAUUCCAGGUUCGCGUCGAUUUACGUGGUAACGGGCAUGAAGAUAGCGCAUGGCGCUUGCUUAACCAAAUCACCCCUCACCAAUACAGAACCGAAACGGGCGGAGAGGACUUUAUCAUUCAAUCCUUUGUCGAAAUCUGAAAAGAAGGCAGGAGAUCAGAAUGUGGAAGAGCAGGAGGUAAAGGUCGACGAAAUACUUAAACCAGACUUUGUCCUAGCAGUCUGCCUGUGGAGGGUAUCCAGCGGACUUUUUUUGUCAAGGAUGAAUGAAGCAUAUGGCUAUCCGAAGUAUAUGAUCAAACCCUCGAAGUGAAUCCGCAUUUCCUACAAGCCAUGGUUAUGAGUGGAUGUUCUCUUCGCUUUAGAAACGUAUUGGAUGGGACGGUCUGUCAUGUAAUAGUGCUUUGGAUCAAGGUGUUUGGUAAUAGUUUAGGUCCUGAGAUGGGCCUGUGGUACGGAAGACCCUUUCAAACGUUUUACCAACAGGGACACUACUGGCAAAUUGUGUGAGGUAUCUGAGAGCUUUGGAUUUUAUGUACAUCCCCCCCCCCCCCCCCAACUCUUUUCACUAUGUUAAGUAGGUACUUAGGUAGCCUUCCA